UGUUUUGUACUGUCGAAAUGAUCGACUGAUGGAUCCGGUUCAUCAUCACUGACGGAGCUGCACUUUCUUCCUGUAUAAGGGUUUGUGUAGUGGAUUUGUGUGAGAAGUUCUUCAAAGUAAGAAAAGCUGAUACCGGUAAAAUAUAACCUACAUUCAGUAGUUAUUGUAGUUACUGUAUGUGGGUCACUGUACACAACCUGCCUAUGCUCUCUACAGGAAGUGGCCAAAAACGUGUUUCAAGCCACAUUGAUGUUUCAGAUCAUGUUCUCCCUGUCUUUAGUAUCUCGGAGACAUUGGCAUCCUUCCAUUAUCAUGGAAUAAUGUGUUGUGUUUGUGUUAAGGUGUCGGCACUGUGAUGAAUCAGGGUGAGGAGAGAGAGGAGGGAGUCCCUCCCUCUAAAACCACUCUGUGUGGGGAACCUGGCAGCCAGACUAGAGCUCAGAGCCCAGAACAGGUGCAGAGACCAGACUCUCCUGUAUCCAGCUGUGUGUCCAUGAAGAGUGAUCGGUCCAUGAUACUUCCUCUUGAUUUUAAAGGACAACAGUCUUCUAAAUCAGACCCAGAACAGGUGCAUAGACCAGACUCUCCUGUAAACAGGUGUGUGUCCAUGAAGAGUGAUCGGUCCAUGAUACUUCCUCUGGAUUUUAAAGGACAACAUUCUUCUGAAUCAAAAGUUCACGAGAGCUCAGAGGUUCCUGGUGGUCAGUCUGCUCAACAGCAACAAACUAACCUGGACUCUAUAUUCAUGCUGCUUGAGGAGAACAUUGUCAGUUUUGUGAAAGAUGAGUUGAAGAGGUUCCAGAGGACUCUGAGUCUAGAUUACCCCGAAUCAUUAAAGAGGCCGAGGGAGGAUGAGGAGGUGAACAGUGAGGAGGAAGAGCAGAGGAGCAGCAGAGAGGCAUUUCUGAAGGUCACAAUUCACUUCUUGAGGAAGAUAAAGCAGGUGGACCUGGCAGACCUACUGCAGAGCAGAACUCAUUCUGGAAUGUGCCAACGUAAACUCAAGUCAAAUUUGAAGAAGAAAUUUCAUUGUGUGUUUGAAGGGAUUGCAAAAGCAGGAAAACCAACCUUUCUAAAUCAGAUCUACACAGAGCUCCAUAUCACAGAGGGAUGGACUGCAGGGGUCAAUUAUGAACAUGAGGUCCGACAGAUUGAAGCAGCAUCCAGGAGGUCAGCCAGACCAGAAACAACCAUCAGAUGUGAAGAUGUCUUUAAACCGUCAGCCCACAUAGAUAGACCAGUCAGAACAGUGAUGACUACGGGAGUGGCUGGCAUCGGGAAAACAGUCUUGACUCAGAAGUUCACACUGGACUGGGCUGAAGACAAAACUAACCAUGACAUACAGUUCACAUUUCCAUUCACUUUCAGAGACCUGAAUGUGCUUAAAGACAAAAAGUUCAGCCUGGUGGAACUUGUUCAUCACUUCUUUACUGAAACCAAAGAGGCAGGAAUAUGCAGGUUUGAAGAGUUCCAGGUUGUGUUCAUCUUUGACGGUCUGGACGAGUGUCGACUUCCUCUGGACUUCCACAACACUGAGAUCCUGACUGAUGUUAAAGAGUCCACCUCAGUGGGUGUGCUGCUGACAAACCUCAUCAGGGGGAACUUGCUUCCCUCUGCUCGCCUCUGGAUAACCUCACGACCUGCAGCAGCCAAUCAGAUCCCUCCGGUGUGUGUUGACAUGGUGACAGAGGUCAGAGGGUUCACUGACCCACAGAAGGAGGAGUACUUCAGGAAGAGGUUCAGAGAUGAGGAGCAGGCCUACAGAGUCAUCUCCCACAUCAAGACAUCCCGAAGUCUUCACAUCAUGUGCCACAUCCCAGUCUUCUGCUGGAUCUCUGCUACAGUUCUGGAGGAUGUGUUGAAAGCCAGUGAAGAAGAACAGCUGCCCAGUACCCUGACUGAGAUGUACAUUCACUUCCUGGUGGUUAAUUCCAAACUGAAGAACAUCAAGUAUGAUGGAGGAGCUGGGACAGUUCCACUCUGGAAUCCAGAUAGUAGAGGGAUGAUUGUGUCUCUGGGAAAACUGGCUUUUGAGCAGCUACAGAAAGGCAACCUGAUCUUCUAUGAAUCAGACCUGACAGAGUGUGGCAUCGAUAUCAGAGCAGCCUCAGUGUACUCAGGAGUGCUCACACAGAUCUUCAAAGAGGAAAGCGGGCUGUACCAGGGCAAGGUGUUCUGCUUCGUCCAUCUGAGUCUUCAGGAGUUUCUGGCUGCUCUUUAUGUCCAUCAGACCUUCAUCAACUCUGGUGUCAACCUGCUGGCAGAAUCACAAACACCGUCCCGACAGUUUAAACGAUUUACAGUCCAACUUAAACUAAAACGUCUCCACCAGUUUGCUGUGGACAAGGCCCUACAGAGUCCAAAUGGACACCUGGAUCUGUUCUUACGUUUUCUCCUGGGUCUUUCAUUGCAGACCAAUCAGAGUAUUUUACAACACCUGGUGACAGAGACAGGAAAUGGAUCAAUGACCAAACGAGCAACAGUGAAGUACAUCAAAAAGAAGAUCAGUGAGGAUCUUCCUCCAGAGAGAAGUGUCAACCUGUUUCACUGUCUCAAUGAGCUGAAGGAUCAUUCUCUAGUGGAGGAGAUCCAACAGUACCUGAGUUCAGGAAGACUCACUACAAAGAAUCUCUCCCCUGCUCAGUGGUCAGCUCUGGUCUUUAUGUUGCUGUCGUCAGAAAAAGAUCUGGAAGUGUUUGACUUGAAGAACUUUUCAGCUUCAGAAGAGGUUCUUCUAAGGAUGCUACCAGUGGUAAAAGCCUCCAAUAAAGCUCUGUUGAGUAGCUGUAACCUGUCAGAGAGAAGCUGUGAAGCUCUGGCCUCAGUUCUCAGCUCCCAGUCCUCUAGUCUGAGAGAGCUGGACCUGAGUGACAAUGACCUGGGGGAUUCAGGAGUGGAGUUGCUCUCUGCUGCAUUAAAGAGUCCACACUGCACACUGGAAACUCUCAGGCUGUCAGGCUGUCUGGUCUCAGAAGAAGGCUGUGCUUCUCUGGCCUCAGCUCUUAGGUCUAACCCCUCUCACCUGAGGGAGCUGGACCUGAGCUACAAUCAUCCAGGAGACGCUGCAGUGAUGCAGCUGACUGCUGGACGAGAAGAUCCCCACUGGAAGCUGGACAAACUUAAGGUGGACCAUGGUGGACCACAGAGAUUACAACCUAUGAGGAAGUAUGCUUGUGAACUCACAGUGGACCCAAACACAGCACACCGAUUCCUCAGACUGUCUGACAACAACAGGAAGAUGACAUCAGUGAGACAGAAUCAGCCACACCCUGUUACUCCAGAGAGAUUUAAUCACUGUCAGGUUCUAUGUGAGAAUGAUCUGACUGGUCGCUGUUACUGGGAGGUUGAGUGGACAGGAGAUGUUCUUAUAGCAGUGACAUACAAAGGAAUCAGAAGGAGAGGGAAAACUGAUAACUGUUGGUUUGGAAGGAAUGAUCAGUCCUGGAGUCUGCAGUGCUCUGAAUCUAGUUACUCUGUCUGGCACAAGAAGACAGAAACAGACCUUCGUGUCCCUGCCCGCUUUGGAUCUGGUAGAGUAGCAGUGUAUGUGGACUGUCCUGCUGGCACUCUGUCCUUCUACAAAGUGUCUUCUGGCAGUCUGAUCCCACUCCACACCUUCCACUGCACAUUCACUGAACCUCUCUACUCUGGGUUUGGAUUUGGAUACGAGUCCUCUGUGUCUAUUUGUGAGCUGUAGGAAGGAUAGUGCUCUAUGUAGAGAAACACUGACUAAAAUGACUGCUGACACCUUCAUACACAGGAAAGGGAAUUUGGUUGAUAUCAGGAGCAUCUCAGUCAUGACUUCAAAACUCUUAAAAAGUUGCCUUCAAAUGUUGAGUGCUUCUCUACAACAAGUGUUUUUCACUAAAUAAGCAUAUACAACUUUUUAAGAGUUUAAUACUCAGGACUGUGAGUGUAGAGUUGAUUGAUUCUGAAUCUGAUUUUGAAUCAAAUGUUAACUCUAAACUCUAAUUGGUGCACAGAAGUAUGUGACAUGGAUGAGGCCACACUAUUUGUCCCAUUUACACCUCUACACAUUUUUAACCAUACUUGCUUUUUUUCUCAUUUGGCCAGAAUUACACAACACACGAUCUGUAGAAUUGCUAUCACUUACUGCACUGAGUUUAUUUGUUUAGCACAAUAGUGGGAGAAAUAUUCAGAUAUUUGAGGAAAAGCAGCCAGUGUAGAAAUACUCUGUUAGAAGUACAUGCACUUUAUGGAUUAUAAUUAGUGAUGCUUUACUGUGUAUAUCACUUCAGCUGGUAAAUGCAGAAUUUACUGUAAUUACUUUAUAUACUGCUGGGCAGCUUAAUGUAUUGCAGUUACAGUUGUGUAACUUCAGUUAUUGUUUUUGAUUUAUUUGUUAUUAUAGUGGAAUGGAUUAUACUGGGUUGAAUAUGUUAUGUAAUUGUUUUUGUUACAGCUGUAAAGUUUUCUCUUUGCAAAAUGGAGAGAAAUAUUUAAGACUUGUUUGUACAAAUAACUUUGUCAUUCACUUUGACUGAAUUAUGGUUCUGCCUAGGCUGAUCAGUUCAUAUUGAAGGUCUAUUUAAGGGAUUAUUCUUUGUUUUCAAGUAAUGUGUAACUGUGUGCAUACAGUGUUACCUUCAGUAGAUAUGAGUUCAGUUUUCUUCAUUAAGCCAAGUUUGCGAUUUAUUGUUUGUUGUUCUUUUCUUUAUUUAGAAGAAACGUUACAUGUGUACUGUAGUUGCAUUGCGUACAUAAAACUUUACUGAGUAACUUACCUUUUGGUAGCAUUAUAAAGAAGUUACAUUAUCUAUUAAAAACGAUCACUGAAGUGCUCUUAAGCAAGACACUAAACUCACAGCUGCUUGUUAGUGGCAAACAAUGAAAGACAUACAGUGACUGUGGAUUUCCCUCCACAUCUGGAAUAAAUGCGAAUUAUAAUAAUUUAAUGGAAACAUAAACUUUGACUAUACGCUACUAUUAGCUGUAUCUAUAAAUGCUGUGAUACAUUGUAAUGGAUAACUGUAAUGCAGUAUAUGUAUAGUGUAUCUGUUCCUGUCAAAUAAACAUGAAAUGAGUUGUA